AGCUAACGAGCAAACAGGGCCUGGAAACACAGAAGCUAGAAAGAAACCGGGAGAGACACGCCUGUGGCGUAUUUCCGGCGCGCUAAGCGAGGAAGAUGGCUGCGUCCCAGCAGCAGGCUGCUGCGGCUUCGUCCGCUGCAGGUGUGUCGGGUCCGGGUUCGUCUGGUGGCCCGGGUCCCCAGCAGCAGCCGCAACCACCAGCACAGCUAGUGGGGCCUGCCCAGAGCGGGCUUUUGCAGCAACAGCAACAGGACUUCGAUCCAGUGCAGCGUUAUAAGAUGCUCAUCCCGCAGUUGAAGGAGAGCCUGCAGACCUUGAUGAAAGUCGCAGCCCAGAACUUGAUUCAGAACACUAACAUUGACAACGGACAAAAGAGCAGUGACGGACCUAUACAGCGCUUUGACAAGUGUCUGGAGGAGUUCUACGCACUCUGUGACCAGCUGGAGCUCUGCCUGCGCCUGGCACAUGAGUGCCUGUCCCAGAGUUGCGACAGCGCCAAGCACUCUCCAACGCUGGUGCCCACAGCCACCAAACCGGACGCUGUGCAGCCUGACAGCCUGCCCUACCCGCAGUACCUGGCAGUCAUCAAAGCCCAGAUUGCCUGUGCCAAGGACAUUCACACCGCUCUGCUGGACUGUGCCAACAAGGUCACGGGCAAGACACCUGCACCACCUACAGGCCCUGGGGGCACCCUGUGAGCUGGCAGGGCUGGGAGUGGGGCAGGCCGUAGGGGAAGGGGACCGGGAGGGAAUGAAGAGUGACUUCAAAGCCG